CGCCUGCUUGAGCUAACUGAGGGUGGCUUCUUUCUUCCCAUUUCCCAAACUCCACCUAGCUAAGCUCUCUUCAGCUAUGUCUAUUGUUUUCAAUCAUUUUUUUCUUCUACAUUGCUUCUUUCUAUCUGUCUCUGCUGUUUCUGCUCUCAACUCCGAUGGGUCCGCUCUGUUAUCGCUUACCACCCACUGGACUUAUGUGCCUCCUUCUAUAGCUUCAAGUUGGAACGCUUCUCACUCUACUCCUUGUUCUUGGGUAGGCAUACAAUGUGACAAUGCUUCCCACUCUGUAGUCAGUGUUCAACUCUCUGGUUAUGCAAUUUCUGGUCUUCUGGGACCAGAAAUUUCACAGCUUUCUCGCUUGCAGACCCUGGAUUUGAGUAACAACAGUUUCUCUGGUCAGAUACCCUUUCAGUUGGGCAGUUCUAAGCUACUUGAGCGCCUGGAUUUGUCCUACAAUGGCUUUACUGGAGAAAUACCUGAUGAUCUUAAGUACCUGCAAACUUUACGCUACCUGAAUUUGUAUUCUAACUCCUUGUCUGGUGAGAUACCUCAAUCUUUGUUUCUAAUUUUGAGCUUGGAAUGUGUGUAUUUGAACAACAACAGUUUCAAUGGUUCAAUUCCUAGUAGUGUGGGUAACCUGAAUCAAGUUUUAGAGCUAUGGUUGUAUGGUAACAGGUUAUCUGGUACCAUUCCAGAGUCUGUUGGGGAUUGUACUAAAUUGCAAGGUCUCUAUUUGAAUGACAACCAGUUGGUUGGUUCGUUGCCAGAGACUCUCACCAAUCUCAAAAACCUUGUGUAUUUAUCUCUCAGCAAUAAUAGUUUUCAGGGUAGCAUUCCUUUAGGUUUUGGCAAUUGCAAGAAUUUGAGUGUUAUAGAUUUUUCAUACAAUGAAUUUAGUGGGGGUCUUCCACCAGAUUUGGGAAAUUCUAGUAGCUUAACAACCUUAGACAUUGUCCAUAGCAACUUAACAGGCUCCAUCCCCUCUUCGUUUGGCCUACUAGACAAUCUUGUUGCUCUUGACCUCUGUGAAAAUCAAUUGUCUGGGAGAAUUCCCCGUGAACUUGGGAAUUGUAAGUCCUUGAAAAGCUUAAAGUUAUACUCAAACCAGCUUGAGGGAGAGAUUCCUGGUGAAUUGGGAAUGCUGACCGAGUUACAGGACCUUGAAUUUUUUAGCAAUCGCUUGAGUGGUGAAAUUCCAGUUAGUAUUUGGAGGAUUCCCAGCCUUGUGCACUUCCUUGUGUACAAUAACAGUCUAUCUGGUCAACUACCCCUUGAGAUGACUGAGCUCAAAAAACUAAAGAACAUCUCAUUGUUUGACAAUCAGUUCUUUGGAAUCAUACCCCAAAAUUUGGGAAUCAACAGCAGCUUAUUGCAGCUGGAUUUCACUAGGAAUAAGUUCACUGGUGAAAUUCCGCCAAAUCUUUGCUUCGGAAAGCAAUUAAGGGUUCUUAAUAUGGGUCAAAAUCAACUCCAAGGCAGCAUUCCUUCUGAUGUUGGAAGUUGUUCAACACUUCGGAGAUUGAUCCUUAGCAAGAAUAAUCUCUCAGGGACCCUUCCAGAAUUUGCGGAAAAUCCAAGCCUUUACCACAUAGACAUCAGUAAAAAUGGUAUAUCAGGUUCAAUUCCACCAAGCCUGGGGAAGUGUACUAGUCUCAAUUUUAUUGAUUUUUCCAUGAACAAGUUUACAGGGUUUAUACCCCCAGAUCUAGGCAGUCUUGUAAAGCUCGAGCUUGUGAAUCUUUCAUAUAACAAACUGGAAGGUUCUUUGCCAUCUCAGCUCUCUAAUUGUUACAAAUUAGGUAAGUUUGAUGCGGGGUUUAAUUCUUUGAAUGGUUCAAUUCCCUCAAGUCUGAGGAAUUGGACAAGUUUAUCCACCUUGAUUUUGACAGAGAAUGAGUUUACUGGGGGCAUUCCAGCUUUUCUAUCAGAACUUGAAAAGCUUACAGAGGUACAAAUUGGUAGAAAUUUGUUGGGAGGUGAGAUUCCUUCAUCCAUUGGAUCGCUGCAGGAUCUGCAAUAUGCCUUGAAUCUCAGCAGUAAUGGAUUGACUGGUGCAAUUCCUUCAGGGUUGGGGAAUUUGAUCAAGCUAGAGCGACUUGAUAUAUCUAACAACAAUCUGACAGGAACUUUAAAAGUUCUUGAUAAAAUCAAUACAUUUGUCCUGGUAAAUGUCUCAAACAAUCUCUUCACAGGUCCAAUACCAGACACAAUGAUGGAUUUGCUUAACUCAUCUCCCUCAUCAUUCUUGGGCAACCCUGGCCUAUGUGUCAGUUGCAUUCUAUCCAAUGGCUCAACAUGCAUCAGAAAUGGAAAUUUUAAACCAUGUGCAAGUCAAUCUAGUAAACGAAAAGGCCUUGCUGAAUUGAAAAUUGCAAUGAUAGUCCUUGUUUUGCUGGCUGGUUUUGUUCUUCUUGGACUUGGUUGUAUGUUUGCCUUGCAUAGAAGACACAAACAGGAUGUUGAGAUUGCAUCUGAAGGGGGGUCAGCUUUACUACUCAGCAAAUUGAUGGAAGCUACUGAAAAUCUAAAUGACAGAUAUAUCAUUGGGAGGGGAGCUCAUGGAACUGUUUACAAAGCUUCAUUGGGCGAAGAUGAACUUUUUGCUGUAAAGAAAAUUGCAUUUAAUCAUAAAGGAGGAAACAGAAGUAUGGUUAGAGAAAUUGAAACAAUUGGGAAAAUCAGGCACCGGAAUCUGAUAAGGUUGGAGGAGUUUUGGUUAAGAAAGGAUUAUGGUUUAAUCCUUUAUAGGCACAUGCAGAAUGGGAGCCUCCACGACGUUUUGCAUGGAACAAAUGCAUCAACUCUCGAGUGGAAUUCACGCUACAGGAUAGCCAUUGGAACUGCUCAUGCAUUGUCAUAUCUCCACUUUGAUUGUGAUCCUCCUGUAGUGCAUCGAGACCUGAAGCCAGAAAACAUUCUGUUAGACUCUGAUAUGGAGCCUCAUAUCUCAGAUUUUGGUAUAGCCAAGAUUCUGGAUCAGACUUCUGAUUCAGGGCAAUCCACCUUAGUUGUGGGUACAGUAGGGCACAUUGCACCAGAAAAUGCAUUUACAACAGCAAAGAGGAAGGAAUCCGAUGUUUACAGUUAUGGAGUUAUUUUGCUCGAACUAAUAACCAGAAAGAAGGCAGUUGAUUCGUCAUUCACAGAGGGAACAGAUAUUGUGGGUUGGAGUAGGUCUACAUGGAGAAACACAGAAGAUAUUAGCAGGAUUGCUGAUUCAAGCCUUGCAGUGGAAUUCUCUGAUACCAGUAUCAUGGACCAAGUUAUUGAUGUGUUUCUGGUGGCCUUGAGAUGUACCGAAAGGGAGCCAAGCGAAAGACCGACAAUGAGAGAUGUCGUCAAGCAAUUAUUAAACGCAAAUGUCUCCAUCAAACCAUUGCACAUUUGCUCUGGUAAGGACAUUAAGAGUUGCUUUUGAGUAGAAGAGAUUGGCUAGGCUAGGCUAGCUAGGCAGAUCAAUGUUAGGACUUGGUACUUCUGUUUAAUUAGAUAGGCCUUCUUGUCUUGGUUGAAGACAAUUAAUAGAGUACAUGUUGUAUAUAUAGUUGUCUUACGGAAAUUUUAAUUUCCUGCCGUGAAAGCAGCUUUCUUGGUUUAUUCCAUUUGCUCAAGGAAAACUGCAUCACUAUUGUGGAAAAUUAUAGAAUGAAUC